AUGAAGCAGGCGAUCGCGGAGCCCGGGCAGCUGCAGGGCCCCCCGGCGUCGUCGGGGCGGGAGCCCGAGGCCCGGUGGCCGCGCGACGGCGCCAAGAGCGAGGCGAGCGAGGCGGAGCGGCUGCGCACCCGCGAGCGCCUGGAGGCCACCCUGGCCGGGCUGGCCGAGCUGGAGUUGCUGCGCCAGCGCCACGAGCUGCGCGUCAAGCGGCUGCUGGCCGCCGCGCCCACCGAUGCCCGGCCGGGGGGCAGCGGCUCCGGGGAGACGGCGGCGGGAGAGGCAGCCGCGCCAGGGGUCGCCGCCGCCGCCCCGCGCAGCCUGGAGGAGAAGUUCCUGGAGGAGAACAUCCUGCUUCUGCGGAGGCAGCUGGUGAGCCCAGGGGCGCAGCGCAGCGCGGCGGGGGCGCGGCGGAGGCGCAGCGCAGCCUGGCGGGUGGGGCGGAGGGUCGCGGAGAGCCCCCCUUGCGGCGGAAGGAGUAGGUGCCGCCACAGCCGUCCUCCAGCCCCCGCACCUCUUUGCAGCGCACGGGGCGCGCGGCGAGGGGACUUCUGAGCGCGUGCAGAAAGCGCCUCGUCUCCAUCCGGGCGCACGUGGGAGUUGGCAAUCGGGUGUCUAUUUUCGUCUCCUUUGGGAGGCCCCCCUUGUCUGAGCCUUCCCUCGGGUAACGGCUGCUCUUUAUUAAGAGUCCUGAGCGCCGGAUUCGUUGGGUUGCAGAUCAGGAGCGCCUCAGAGAGAGGCGGUUUGCUGGGGAUAAAAAGAGGUUUGUCUUGGGCGCUUCAGAAAUCUUCCCUGCUGGAUAUACACUUGGAGAUUUUUUGUUUUAGAGCUUUUCCAUUGGGAGCGGAAUGACCGGUCACUUCCAUACAGAGCGAGUCCGGGGGUAGGGACACACCUUUGCUUUCUUAGCACCCCCCAAAAGCUUAUGGGGUGACUCUAGAUGGGUGGGGGGAAGAAGGAAAGAAAGGGCAAGCGCCAGCUCAUUGGUGAGGGUGUGUGUGAGAUCGAGUGUGCAUGCAGAAUAAAACCGAUCUGACUGUCUCAGUCGGUUAGAAGUCAGUGGCAGGCAGCCCCAUUGCAGGGGAUUUGAGGGAGCAGAGUGUGGAUCUAGGCACUCACCCGUGGCCCAUACAAAAUGUGGGGACACCCCCUUUCUUGUAUCAGUUUAUGGGAGACGCAGGGGCACUGUGUGAUUUGGCGUCUCCCAGUGCUCCAAAACAUCAGAGCUGCAGGAUGCAGAAUAGACACCAGUCUGUCUCAAAGAAUCGAAUGGUUCUGUCUGAGGCAAUCUCCGGGUAGUAUCCUAGUGCUGAAAUCAGAAUGGUAAUUAUUUUUAAAAUCUGCUCUAUCCUAGGCAGGACAGCCAGCCUCCUGCUCCUGUUCUCUGGCCUCCCCUUUGCUCAUCCUCUUUGGGGUCUAACAAUAGCAGCCAUAGCUGCUAGUAUGUAGUGAUUAAUUACUGCAGCUUCCAAAUGAGGUGGGGAGGGAGCUGUGGGUGGGUGUGUUUGCCACCGCACUGCACUGAAAGUGACCUUAGGGAAUGGCAUUUCCUUUUUUUCCUUCCUAAAUUCAGUGUUUUUCCUUUCGUCUUUUCGUGGAAGAUUUGGGGAGGGCACUUGGCGAAGAGUGUAUCGCUAGCUCGCUGUAUUCCUUGGGCACGGACUCCAGUAUUAGAUUGCCUGCUGCAUGGAAUUAAUUUGCCUCCUGCAGAUGCUGUUAAGGGACUGUGUGUCCGUGUUGGCAAGAGCGGACAUGAGGGCCAGGAAGGAAGCAUUUAUCUUAUUGAGUUUCUGUCCUUGCUGGGGCCUUUCGGAGAUUGCUUUUGUUAGAAUCGUAAAAGGGGAAUUAGGAAGAACUGGGCAAAAUGAUUAGAGCAUCACCUGAUCACUGUAGUCUAUUUCUGUAGUCAACUCUUAGGCGUCCAAGAACGCGGUUCUGGGUACCUGGAUUAAGCCUGGCUCAAAGGAAGCUUGCCUUAAAUUGAGGCAGACGUUGGCCCAUCUAGCUUAGUACCGCUUGCACUGGCUGGCAGCAGCUCCCCAGGGUUUCAGAUGAAGGAUGUUCGUGGAGAGGCUGGGGAUUGAAUUUGGGACUUUUCUACAUGCAAGGCAGACGCUGUGCCUCUGAGCUUACAGCCCUGCCUGAUCUGGGAGGAGGAGAACCUGCAGAGAACAAUGGGUGCCAGGGAAAUUCUCCUGCACAAGCCUCACUGAAAUGAAUGGGAACGGCGCUGCUCUUGCAUGCUUUCCACUCUGUAAAGCCGGCGGGAACACCUUCUGCAGCGCCGCUAAGAAAUACACUGGCAGCAAAGGCAUGGGAAUUGGCUGGUGCUCCCCUAGACUGGAUCCUGCUGCUGCAUUCCAGUGGGGAUGGUGCAGGAGCAAAGGGAUCUUUGCCCACUGCAGCGAAGGAGGGUUUCCCUUCCUUUCCCGUGCGCAGCUUGCAAGGCAAGAGGUUCCAGCUGGCUUGCGACUGCUGGCACCCAAGGCCUUUCUGUGUGCUCCGUUCCAGUGGAGGUUUGUGCAAGGGAAGUUUCAGGGGAGCUGUUACUUUUGCCACAAUGAGAAAAUAAAGGAUUGUCAGACUCGAGUCUCUUGCCCUUGGCAGCUUGUUAAGCGAGGCUGUUCGUGUCUUCUGUGCCACGACUUUCUCUGCCAAGGAAGGCGAGGUCUAUGCGCCGGGGCUGGGGGGUGGGGGACGAAAGCAGCUCAGCUUCUGCAGUCAAAGUCAGUGAAGCCAAGAAUCACCCCACCUCAGUAAAAAUAGAUGGAAAUGUUGCUUAUGGCCCAACAAUGUGCUCGACUGGUAUGUUUGAUUUUGAACAUGAUAUUAAAAGGCAGUGUGUUGCGCAUGCAAGAGUAGGCAAGGAGCAUUGGAGUGGACCAGGAGCACUGCAGUGGGGAACAUUACAGGGGGUCACGAAAUAAUAAUAAUAAUAAUAAUAAUAAUAAUAAUAAUAAUAAUUUAUUUAUUUCCCCAGCCACUCUGGGCAGCUUCCAACAAAGUAUUAAAAUACAGUAGUCUGUUAAACAUUAAAAGCUUCCCUAAAGAGGGCUGCCUUCAGAUGUCCUCUAAAAGUCUGGUAGUUGUUCUUCUCUUUGACAUCUAAUGAGAGGGCGUUCCACAGGGCGGGUGCCACUACCGAGAAGGCCCUCUGCCUGGUUCCCUGUAGCUUUGCUUCUCGCAGGGAGGGAACCGCCAGAAGGCCCUCGGCACUGGACCUCAGUGUCUGGGCAGAAUGAUGGGGGUGGAGAUGCUUCUUCAGGUAUACUGGACCGAAAAGGGGCUGGGUGAUGGGUGACAGUGAAGGACCCACAAGUAGCGGUCACUUGCUAGAACAAACAAGAAGCCUGCAGCUAGGAAGCAGAAUGGUCAGUUCAAAUAGCUUCUGCUCCUCACUUUAUCAGUCCUGGUGUUCCCCUUACCCCGCUUGCCAGGUCACUGUUGCACCGACAGUAGAAGUAGCAUGCAAGAUUCCCCAUCCUUCAAACUCUUAAAGUAUAUACAACAGCUCUUUCAGGAUCUAGAACCUGAAUGCCCAGUCCCAGCCAAAGGGACAGCUUUCGCUUCCCUCACAGGAGUUGGACUGCGCAUGUUCCAGCAGCUCUGUUCCUGGAGCAGUUGGAAAGUUUGUGGACAUUCUGUGCCGUCACACAGCUAGUGUCCAGGCAGUGUUAGAAACUGGGAUAGAAAAGCUAGGAGCCAAAUGGCUUCUGGGACCUGGGUUGUGGGUGCCAAAACAGAAUGUCUGGUCGCUACUGAAGCGGGGGGGGGGGGGAGGGGUCGGGGUCAGCAACACUUUUUAUUUUGUAUUCUGAUAAGCAUGGACUAAUUCACAUAAGUGACACAUUGUUAAUAUCACAUUUUUAGCAGAAAUGGUUAAUACAUGUUUAAUUCGGUGUUUACAAUAGAAAUAUUGGUACCAUACUUCAGUUUUCAAAACAUUCUACUCUUUAUUGUUAAAUUCCUUAAUGUAUUGUCUAUCCUUAACAUAUACAGUGGUACCUCGGGUUACAGAUGCUUCAGGUUACAGACGCUUCAGGUUACAGAUGCUUCAGGUUACAGACUCCGCUAAGCCAGAAAUAGUGCUUCAGGUUAAGAACUUUGCUUCAGGAUGAGAACAGAAAUUGGGCUCCAGCGGCGCGGCGGCAGCAGGAGGCCCCAUUAGCUAAAGUGGUGCUUCAGGUUAAGAACAGUUUCAGGUUAAGAACGGACCUCCGGAACAAAUUAAGUUCGUAACCCGAGGUACCACUGUACUUUGAGGCUUCAACGCACAUACAUUUCAGUAAUCCUUGAGUGUCAGCCAAGCGCAAAAAAUGGCGCCCGGACUUUUGGAGGUGCUCGCAAAUGGAGAAUUUUUAGGUGCAAAAUGCUCCUGGUGCCCUGCUAGUUUCAAACCCUGUGUCCAGGGCUUUAUUACCAUAAGCACAACAAGGUACAGGUGUGUGUGGAACACCUGUUUUGCAGGUGUGAGCUGGGAACUGGGCGAUGAAGGAAUGCAAAAAACUCAUGGGCGUUUUUAGCAGCUGUCAUUGCAACCACUGCCAUUGGAUAGUUCAGCCAGGAAAGAGAACCGGGGGGGGGGGGGGCAGUAAUUCGGAACAUAGACUUGCCCAUAGUUUCAAAGAAGUGUUUGUUGACAGUAUGUUGCAGAUUGUGUUAUGGAAACCACAGGAUGGGAAAGGGCUGCUGUGCUCGGAUCCAGCGUCCGGGCUUCCGACUCGAGCAUCGGAGCAUCGAGAGUCUUACAGAACAGAAUGCUGGAUCAUUUAGCCAGGCUCUUAUGAAGGCAGGCAGGUUUUGCACUAGCAAUAAUCUUGCUCCAUGGGUCCAGAUGUUCUGCGCAUGCACAUCAGCACCAGAGUCUCCUCCAGCCUGCAUGAUGCAGGUCAGGGCCUCACUGUCCCAGGGGGCAUAUUUUUGAAGGCCAUCUUAGGAGAUCUCCAUGGUUGCCAUUGAUCUCCUUGGUAGAUGCCAGGCUGAAAGCAACCACGCUUAUGUUCCUCCAGAAUCCCAAGCCAGCUUCCUCUGUGUUGUAAUGCCAUCUUUUAUGCCCGCUAUUCCUUGAAAGAACCGGAAGGAAUCAGAGCUGUGGGCAAGCAAUAGAAUACAGGUCUUGUCUCCUGUCCUUCAAAGGCAGAUGGAACUGGGUGGGGGGACAUCAGAAGGACCUGAUUUUCACGAUGGUAAUCCUGAUGCUUAUGGGAAGCCCAUAAGCGGUACCUGAGCACAACUGCCCUUCGGCCCAACUGCGCAUUCAGGCAGCUGGCAUUCAGAGGAAUACUUCUUCCUGCAGUGGUGGUACGACAUCGCCCUUGUAACUGGUAGCCAUUGACAGCCAUAUCCUGCAUCAGUUGGUCUGAUCCUCUUUGGAAGCCACCGGGCUUACAACAGUGCGUGUGAAAAGGGUCUAGGGGUCUUGGUGGACCACAAGCUGAACAUGAGCCAACAGUUGGAUGCAGCAGCAAAAAAGGCUAAUCUUAUUUUGAAACAAAAUAAAAAAAUUCCUUCCAGUAGCACCUUAGAGACCAACUAAGUUUGUUAUUGGUUUGAGCUUUCGUGUGCAUGCACACUUCUUCAGUUGUAUACCAAUAACAAACUUAGUUGGUUUCUAAGGUGCUACUGGAAGGAUUUUUUUUAAUUUUGUUUCUACUACGGCAGACCAACACCUGUAACUACUUCUUUUUUUGAAUCUGGUUCUUUCUGCCCAAGUGCAGAACCUUACAUUGUUGGAGCCCCCAGUCAGUAUGACCAAUGAGAGCUGCUGUUCAGCAGACUUGGGAGGGAGGGAGGGAGGGAGGUUGAGAAAUGAGGGCCUAGCCUCACUCAGCCUCUUUCCAUUUAUUUUAAUAUACAGUGGUACCUCGGGUUACAUACGCUUCAGGUUACAUAUGCUUCAGGUUACAGACUCCGCUAACCCAGAAAUAUUACCUUGGGUUAAGAACUUUGCUUCAGGAUGAGAACAGAAAUCGUGCAGCGGCAGCGUGGUGGCAGUGGGAGGCCCCAUUAGCUAAAGUGGUGCUUCAGGUUAAGAACAGUUUCAGGUUAAGAACAGACCUCUGGAACGAAUUAAGUACUUAACCCGAGGUACCACUGUAUAUAUUAAAGGUAAAAUAAUAAAAUCGAGGGCGGGGGUGGACUCACAACCAUACUUUAAAACAUACAAGAUAUAGAAUACUGAAACAGAAUAAAGUUGCCUCAGUUUUCCGAGCAUCUGGGUAUGCUUGUCUGAACAGGAAUGUUUUAGGAGGUGCCAAAAAGAGAACAGGGAAGGCGCAUGCUUGAAAAUAUUCAAUUUGAUACUACAGGAUCAAUUCAACACUACAGGAUUGAAAUUUCAUUCUGAAAAGGCUUGGAUGGAUGGAUAGCUAGCUAGCUAGCUGGAUGAUGAUAGAUAGAUAGAUAGAUAGAUGUCUUCAGUGUGCAUCUAAAUGAGUGGAUUGUUGAUUCAUUACUAAUGUUAAUGAAUGAAUGAAAGGGGCCACCACACAGAAGGCCCUGCUUCUGGUGGACACAAAGUGAACGGUGGAAACUGUUGAUGCCACCAGGAAGUCAGUCUCUCCAGUAGCCCAUUCCCAAGUUAUUUAAUAAAAUCGUAGAAUUGUACAGUUGGAAGGGCCUCCAAGGGUCAUCUAGUCCAACCCCCUGCAAUGCAGGAAUUUCAAUUAAGCAUCUAUGCCAGACGGCCAUCCAACCUCUGCUGAAAAACCUCCAAGGAAGGAGAGUCCACCACCUCCCGGGGGAGACUGUUCCACUGUCAAACAGCUCUUACGGUCCCAAAGUUUUUCCUGAUGUUUAUUCGGAAUCUCCUUGGACUUUUAAAAUAAGAAACACCCCUUUGAGCCUUGCCCACUUUGAAUCUGCCCUGGCAGCAGAUAGACACCUUCAACUGAUGGCGUUUAGCUUCAUCUUUUGAUUCUGUGAUUCAUCCUACUUUUUCUCCUUGCCCUACCUGCCAGGCUGCUCUGAUCAGCUUGGCCUCUGGUUUUGCACCUGCUCCAGCCAGCUGCUUUUUGCACAGAAAGGGGCUUCCCUUCUGCCUGCCCAGAAGUGGCAAGGAAGCCUCCUUAACAAAUGUGAUGGUCUCAUGGGUGCCAUAGAUCGGAAGCUGCGUCGGACAUUCGGGUUCUGAAAAACGUUUGAAAAUCGGAGCAUUUACUGUACUUCUGGGCUUUCGGCGUUCAGGAGCCGAAACAUACGGUAACAGAGGUGUUCAGGAACCAAGGUUUGACUGUAUCACAGUUCACAAACAAAAAAUAAAAAUGGAACAGAACCAGUGUUAGAAACUCAGAUAUAUAUGCUAGGCGCCAAAUGGCUGCUUAAACCAAGGUUACAGUAGCCAAAACGGAAUUUCUACCUGCUAUUUGGGGGCAAAACAAUAAAGUCUUAUUUUUCAAAUGAUGGAAGGGUUUUGUUUCAAAUGACGGCUUUGUUUCAAAUGACGGAAUGGCCAGCGUGGUGUAGUGGUUAAGAGCGGUGGACUCGUAAUCUGGUGAACCGGGUUCGCUUCCCUGCUCCUCCACAUGCAGCUGCUGGGUGACCUUGGGCUAGUCACACUUCUCUGAAGUCUCUCAGCCCCACUCGCCUCACAGAGUGUUUGUUGUGGGGGAGGAAGGGAAAGGAGUUCAAAGUUAGCCACUUUGAGACUCCUUCGGGUAGUGAUAAAGCGGGAUAUCAAAUCCAAACUCCUCCUCCUCCUCCUCUUCUUCUUCUUCUUCUUCUUCUUCUUCUUCUUCUUCUUCUUCUUCUCCUCCUCCUCCUCCUCCUCCUCCUCCUCCUCCUCCUCCUCGGUUAGACAUCUGGCUAGUUAAGACGACAAUUUGAGCUCUAGGCUAAGAACUUUGAGAACUUAAAGAAGGAAAGUCACUUGACCCAGGGACAGUCCACAAAUAUAUUUGGCCAAUUCCUGCCUCUUUUUCUUAAUGUUGACACGGACCAUUCAUAGCGUAAGAAUCUUCUUCACAACUGGGAGCAGGGCAGUGGGGUGGGGAGAAGUGAAGACAAGCAGGAGCAAUUAACUAGAACAUUGUUCACUGCUCCUGCUCAGGCUGCACAGAAAAAAUGGCAUUUUGGUUCCUGAAAUUCAUUCCGAUUGUGCAGAUACAGAUAACAGAUACAGUUCUACAGGAUGGGCUAUUAGUGUGUGAAAACAGUCCAGAUCCAAUGAUCUCCAGAUGGUGGAGACAUCAGGCACCAUCCUGGCACCCAGGAAUCUUCACUUGGUCGCAAGCGGCCACUAGCCAGGAGCAAAAUGUCCCUGGCGAAUUUCGAACAAAAGAGGUGAGUCCUGCAAAACAACUGUCAAAAGGCCAGAGUAAAGAGUUGUGUCUUCAGCAUGCGGUGAAAACUGUACAAAGAGGACGUCAAUCUUUGGCAUUCUCUCCCCCCCCCCCAGUAGUCUUCUCAAAUGUUGCAUUGUAAGGUCUUUGCAGGCAGAGACCUGUGUCUUUUGCUUAAGGAAUCCUGCAAAGCUCUUCAUAGGUUGACUGUGCUGCAUAGAUGACAGCAGGCAGAUAGAUGCCAGAGGACUCUGAAGAGCCCUGUCACAUUGAUAGGAGCCUGAUGGAUGGCUCACAGUCGGACCAGCCAUCUGGACGUCACGGGAAAUGAAUCUCGUGAGCAGCAGCUCAGCGUGGUGUGUGCAUGUGGGGGAAGGGGGACAUAACGCAUGGAUGUGCUUUGUGCUAAUGCACAUCGCAGAAUCGUAGAGUUGGAAGGGACCCAAAGGAUCAUCUAGUGGAACCCUCUGCCAUGUAGUGAAUCAAGGUGCAUUAUCUCAGGGAUGGGGAACUCCUGGCUCUCAAGAUGUUGUUGGACUCUUACAAGCUGCAGCUAGCAUGACCAGUGAACCAGAGCCAGGGCUUUUUCGGCUGUGGCUCCGAUCUGGUGGAACGCUCUGUCACAAGAGACUAGGGCCCUGCGGGACUUGACAUCUUUCCGCAGGGCCUGCAAGACAGAGCUGUUCCACCAGGCCUUUGGCCAAGGCACAGCCUGACCCCCUCCUUUGGCAGUCCUCACAGAACUCUAGCCCAAUGGUUGUCAUUAAUCUGAUUGGAAUUAAUUUUAUAAUGAAAUGAUUUUAGAAUGUUUUAUCAUUUUACUGUUGUUAGCCGCUCUGAGCCCAGCUUCGGCUGGGGAGGGCGGGAUAUAAAUAAAAUUUAUUAUUAUUAUUUGCCUUUAUAUCCUAGGCUCUUAAGGGUGGUGCGUUCGGUAAUCCAUAGUUCCUAUUUUAUUCUCACAACAACCGUGUGAGGUGCUUUAGACUGAGAGGGUGUGGCAGGCUCACGGCCACCCAGGUCUUAGUCUAAUAAUAAUAAUAAUAAUAAUAAUAAUAAUAAUAAUAAUAGAUGAUUUAUACCCUGCACAUCUGGCUGAGUUUCCCCAGCCACUCUGGGCGGCUCCCAACAGAAUAUUGAAAACACGAUAAAACAUCAAACAUUAAGAACUUCCCUAAACAGGGCUGCCUUCAGAUGUCUUCUAAAAGUCAGAUAGUUGUCUGACACUUUUAACCACACUGUACUCGACAGCCUCAACUUUUUUUCUCUCCAGUAGUUUCUGUUGAAGGCCAGAACUAGCACAUGAUGACCCAGUGUUAGAAACUCAGGUAUACAAGCUAGGCGCCAAAUGGCUCGUUAAACCAAGGUUACAGUCACCAAAAUGGGGUGUCUGGUUGCCAUUUUUGGACAAGACAGCUCUAAAGUCUUAUUUUUGAAAUGAUGGACUGGCUGCGAUUGAUUUAUCAGUUAAACACCUGGCUAGUUCAGAUGACAACCCUGAGCUAGGUUAAGAGCUUUGAUGAUAACUUAAAGCAUUCAUAACAUAAGAAUAUUCUUCACGACUGUGAGCAGGGCAGCGGGGAGGGGUAAGUGAAGACAAGCUACAGAAAAUGACAUUGUUCACUGCUUUUGCUCAGGCUGCACCAAAAAACAACACCACAAUUUUGGUUCCUCAGAUUCCUUCUGAUUGUGCAGAUAAAAUAUAACUGAUAGAAUUCUACAGGAUGGGGUAUUAGUGUGUGAAAACAGUCAAGACCCAGUGAUCCCCAGGCACGCACCUCCAGGUGGUGGAGACGUCAGGCACCAUCCAGGCAUCUUCACUUAGUUGUUGACACUUUCAAUGAACUCUUAAUAGGUUUGUGAGACAGGACUUCUCCUUGCAGAAGCCAUGCUGGCUCUGCUUCAGCAAGGCUUGUUCUUCCAUAUGCUUGGCUUUUUUAUCUUUGCCAAUACUCCCCAUCCCAUCAGUUUUCCCAGGAUGGACGUUAAGCUAGCAAGCCUGCCAUUUCCCUCUGGAUCCCUUUUUAAAAAAUUAGUGUUACAUUGGCUACUUUCCAGGCCUCAGGUGUGGAGGCUGAUCUGAGGGACAAGUUGCAUAUUUUGUUAGAAGAGUAGUAAUUUCACUUUUGAGUUCUUUGAGGACUCUUUGAGUAGAGGCUAUCUGGACCCAGCGUUUUGUCAGCUUUUAUUUGGUCUGUUCGGCCUAGAACUUCAUCUCUUCUCACCGCUGUCUGCCUCAGUUCCUCAGAUUCCCAGAGAGUUGUCUGUUUACUUAGAAAGGGCCACCAUGAUCGGAUUUGAGAACAUGACCAUGUAAUCCUAUUAGCUGGGGAGUCCCGGAGAAAGCACCAAAUCUUGGGACUUGCGCUACUUGAGUAAGCAAGAGUUUGGUCACCGUCCUAGUCCCAGUUAGACGAAGCAUCAGCGAUGCUGUGUGGGAUUUGCCAAAGUUCUCUGCCCGUCACGUAAUCCUGGUCUUAUGCCUGCUGGAGUGGACACUGGCACUACUAGAAAGGAAAUUCUGGCAUCAUUAGAGAGACGAUAGACCUGCCUUGCCAACAGCCUACAAAAGAAACUCAAGUCUGGGAAAUCUAAUAUAUUCAGGUCUUCAUUUUGCAAGAUGCUUUGUAUCGCGAAGUUCCUUUUCAGUCUUAAUUUAGCUCUUUUGUGCUGGAAAGCAUUUGGCAUAAUAUAAAUAGCAGCUGCAACAAAAUAUUGCAGCAUGGAAUGUUGCUGUUCAGGAUUCCACCCGUUGCAUUUUCCCUCCUCCCGCACUUGUUCCAUCUCUGUCCCCAAACAGCCAGCCAGCAAUAAUUUUCUUAAGAUGAUUUUCUAUCUUCUAGAAACCUUUGAGGUUCUUCUAAGCAUGCGGAUGCCCCCUUCUUGAGCAUGGGGUGUGCAUUUUGGACACAAAUGCAACAGCAUACACAGCCUGAAGAUCAGAAACAGGGGGAGGGAUAAUAAUCUUGUGUCGUACAUCAUUGUUCGAAAUUCAGCAGCUGCUGGGUGCAUUUUGCACUUGGCUAUCGGCCACUUGCUACCAAGUGAAGAUGCCAUGAUGGCACCUGAUUUCUACAUAGCUGUCAACUUUUCCCAUUUCUUGCGAGGAAUCCUAUUCGGAAUAAGGGACUUUCCCUUAAAAAAAGGGAAAAGUAGACAGCUAGGUUUCUGCAGCCUCUGGAGGCGCAUACCUGGGGAUCCUUUGACCUUACCUGUUUUCACACACUAACAACAUAGCCUUCAGAAUUCUGUCUGAUAUUUUAUUUGUACAAUCAGAAUGAAGUUCAGGAAUCAAAAAGUCGUAAUCCAGAAUGCAGCAGCUAGGCUGGUGACUGGGAACAGCCGCUGCGACCAUAUAACACCAGUGCUAAGGGAUCUUCACUGGCUCCCAGUACGUUUCCGAGCACAAUUCAAAGUGUUGGUGCUGACCUUUAAAGCCCUAAAUGGCCUCGGCCCAGUAUACCUGAAGGAGCGUCUCCACCCCCAUCGUUCAGCCCGGACACUGAGAUCCAGCGCCAAGGGCCUUCUGGUGGUUCCCUCACUGUAAGAAGUGAAGUUACAGGGAACCAGGCAGAGGGCCUUCUCGGUAGUGGCACCUGCUCUGUGGAAUGCCCUCCCAUCAGAUGUCAAGGAAAUAAAGAGCUACACACCUUUUAGAAGACAUCUGAAAGCAACCCUGUAUCAGAAAGCUUUUAAUGUUUGAUGUUUAGUUGUGUUUUUAUAUGUGUUGGAAGCCGCCCGGAGUGGCUGGGGCAACCCAGCCAGAUGGGUGGGAUAUAAAUAAUGAACUUAUUAUUAUUAAAUUAUUAGGUUAGGCUGAGAGAUAGUAACUGGCCCAGUGUUGUCCAGUGAGCUUCAUGUGACUGAGUGGGGAUUCGAACCCGCGGCCUCCUAGGUCCUAGUUCAACACUCUAACCACUAAGCCACAUGCUGGAUAUAUUCACAGUGUCAUAGAAUUGGCCUGAGACUGCUAGCUGAUUUUCGUUGUGUGGAACCUGAAUGACAACAUCCCGCAAGCAAAGGCGUUGACAUUUUUUUGUCAUCAGAUCAGACCUGAUAAGUUAAUGAAUUUUCCACCGUUCCCUGUAACAUUUUUUUUUCUUCAGAGGAAAUGCAGCAAAACAAUGAUGCGUACAAAGCAAUGUAGACAGGCAAGAUGAUGGAGAGAUAUAAUUAUGAGAUUCAGCAGGAAAACUGAUUGCUCUGACCCGGAGGUUAAUGAUCGUAUUCUAAAUACAUUCUUUAUAGCAGUUUGCAUCAAGAACACCUUUGCAAAUUUGCUUAAGCUCUCUUGUUAUUUUGAGAAAGUAAUGCAUUUGUGUAACUGAGGAUAGUGUAGGGAAUUACUGUGUGCCUUUAUCCCCCUUUUAACGUUGAUCCAGCUCUUGCUUGCAUGCUUAUAAGCAUAUAUAGAUUGCAACAGAGGUUAUAACUCAAUGCCUGCAUUAUAAAACACAUUCGUAGCCUGACAUGUUCAGACCCUGGGUCCUUUACUUUCCUGAAGACUGUAUUGGAUCAAACACACAGGGCUCCGAUUCUGUUGACGUGCCCGGGGGGGGGGGGCGGUACGAGAAUCCAGUUAGGAAACUGGGUUUGACUGGGUCCAAAACUGGCGCAUCCUCCAGGGACCACUUUUGACAGGUGGGGUUAUAACAUUCUUUAAUAUAAUAAUAAUUAUAAUAAAGCUUCCAGGAUCAAGGGGCACAGAAGGUGUUUCUUUUAAAAAUGGCUUUGGAUGGGAUACAACGACAUGGGUGGGAGGAAGAGGAAACACUCUCCUUCCUGGUCAGUAAGGCGUGCAGGAUUUUAGAAGGCAGCAUCAUGGGUAGGACUGUACCACAGGCCUCGAACAAUGGCCACACCGCACCUGCAAACAAAUAAAUCCCAGGUGUGUGAUGAGUGUAGAAGGGAAGGAUUGAGGAGACCAGGCCUGAAUCUUCCCAGGAACAGGAGGACAGCAUAGAUUUGGAAGAGUGGUUUGCAGAGGGGCAUAGUUCAGAAGGCAGAAGCUGGGAAAUGCUUCAUGGGGAACAGCUAGCAGAAGAAACAGUGGAAGACAGAGAGUUAAAAGGUUCACAAUCCCUGGAAAGCAUCCAACCCCCUUCUCCAAGGACACGGAGAGCUCGGAAAGUGUCAGAACAGAAAGCGCAGAGGGUACAAGCUCAGAUUACAAGGCGUAGGAGUGACGUAGUUUAAUAGGGAUGGAGGGGGUGUAAGCCUUAAUUGGGAGCACCACCAUUUCUAGGAGACGUGUUCUUUGUUCUUGCAUUGUGAUUAUUAAAGAUUCUAACUGGUAAGAAGUUCCUUUCGUUUGAUCUUUUGUUUACUACCACAGGGGAGGAAGUCGAUUUCCCGAAGCCUGACACUUGGGUCCCUGAAGCAAAGUACCAAGCCCAGUCCUAAGUUUGCAGAUCUCUGCUAUUGCAGCACUUUUUUCUCUUCCUGACCCAUCAUCGCUUAGGAGUCUCUUUGUCUUUUCGUUGCUUUUUAGAAUUGCCUGCGACGGAGGGACGCGGGUUUGUUAAACCAGUUGCAAGAACUGGACAAGCAAAUCAGUGACCUGAGGCUGGAUGUUGAGAAGACGGCCGACGAGCAGCUCGAGACGGACAGCCGCCCCAGCUCAGGUAGGAAUGAACCAGGGCUAUUAUUGAAAGAAUUGUUUCUGGAACCACAGGAGAGGAGAGUGUUCUUGUGGUCAGGUCUUGCUUGCAUGUUUCCCAUUGGGGCAACUGGUUGGCCACUGUGAUAACGGGAAGCUGGAUGAGAUGGGCCAUUGGCCUGACCCAGCAAGGUUCUUCUUAUGGGAAUCAGAGAAUUGCAGAGUUGGACAGGACCCUGAGGAUCAUCUAAUCCAACCCCCUGCAGUGCAGGAAUAUGCAGCUGUCCCAUAUGGAGAAUCGAACCUGCAACCUUGGCGUUAUCAGCUCUUUAACCAACUGAGCUACCCAAGCUCACUGUUCUGAUUCUUCUGGUCAUUUUUGCCAAUUUGGCAUAAUCCGUCAAUUUAAUCUGCCAUUCUCCUCUGGUAGGGACUUUAUCUUCUUUCCAUCUCUGGGCCAAUAACAUCUGCGCAGCUGUGGUCGCAAACAUAAAUAGUAUUUUUUUCUGCUCCCUUUGGAUUUCGGCAGCUAGGAUUCCUAAAAGAAAAGCUUUGGGUUGUUGUUUUUUUUAGAAAAAGUUAUUUAAAAUAUUUUUUUCAACUCAUCAUAAAUCAUUUCCCAAAAUUCUUUUACUACCUUACAUGUCCACCACAUAUGAUAAAGGGGGCCUUCUUUUUCCUUACAUUUCCUACAUACAUUUGACACAGUUUUUUUUUAAUAAGAUAAUUAUUAAGGUUUUUUGAAAUAUUACAGUGAAAAUGAAAAAGAAAAAAGAAAAAUACAAAAUAAAAACAGUUAAAAACACACAUAUUUUCUAUUACUUAUUUUCCUUUAGCUUGUUUCCCGGACCUCCUCGUACCUCCCUUUUUGUAUUCCACUUCAAUUUAUUGGUUCAGCAAAUCCUUACCAUUAGAUUUUAACCCAUUUAUAACCCUUUUUUCAUAUUCUCUUAGAGCAUUACAGCUGGAAACCGCUUAAUUACUAUCCAACAUCAUUCUAUCAUUCAUUAAUUUUACAAUAUUUCUAUAAAUAGUCUUUAAAUUUCUUCCAAUAUUCUUCCAUUGUAGGGAAGCAUCUAAGCAGUUUGCGAGAAAUAUCAAGAUUAUCAAUAAAACCAGAUGAGUGAAAACAUUUACACAUGAUUGACAUCAACAGCCAAAAAGAUGCAAACACGUCAGCAUCUGCAAGUCUCGAUAGACUAGUUCCAGCAAAAAAUGUUUUCAGCAGGCACCAAAAAGAGAACAGUGAAGGCGGCUGUCUGAUUUCAAUAGGCAGGGAGUUCCAAAGUUGAAUCGUGCUACACAUUAAGCGUCGAUUCCUUUUCCACCUGUGCAUGCAGAGGGCUUUGUGCAGAGAAGGCCGCUGAUAGCAACACUGCGAAGGAGACAUAAAGUGGACUCGGCUUCUCACAAUGUUGCAUUGUGGGGAAAUGCAGCAAUUUUUUGGCCUGUUUAAAAUACUGUAUUUUUCGCUCUAUAGGACGCACAUUUUCCCCUCCAAAAGUUAAGGGGAAAUGUGUGUGCAUCCUAUGGAGCGAAUGCAGUCUCCUUGGCUUCAGCGAUAGCAACGCAAAGCCUCCGAAGCGCAAAAGGUGCGCUCCCUCCACGCUCCAGAGGCUAUGUGUCGCUCUCCAGGCUUCAGGGAUAGCCACCUGAAGCCUUUGGAGCACAGCGGGAACUCGUGCUGCGCUCUGAAGGCUUUGGGUUCCUUUUGCUGAAGCCAGGAGAGCAAGACUCUCCUGGCUUCAGCAGAGAGGGAGAGUUGCGCAGCGCCCCUUCAGCCAAGGGGCUCCGUUUCUCCUGCCGCUUCGCUGAAGGGGCGCUGAGUAGAGAGGGGGAGAAUUCCCCCCCCCUGUUCUUCCCCUCUAAAACAAGGUGCGUUCUAUGGUCCGGUGCGUCCUAUAGAGCGAAAAAUACGGUAUUUGCCAGAACGGUAUUGUUCAUUUCAGCCUCGGUUUAUAGCUGCAGCUGAAGUACAGUGGUAUAUUCUCACUCCCAGGAACACGAGAAACGCUUAUGUCCCUGUGGAGAUGGCAGUACUGAAUCGGUGGCGCACACCCUUCUGGCUUGCACUGUUUAUAAAAACUUGAGGGAUGAGAUUAUCACCCCUCUUUUAUUGUCCAUUCCGGGUCGCCCAACCACUGCCCCAGUGUCCUUUCUCUUGGCAGAUCAAGAUGAGCAGGCGACAGCAAAGGGUGCAAGGUUUUUAGCUGGGGCAAUCAGAAUAAGACCCACUUUUUGACUAUUGAUUCAAAACCUUAAAAUGUAUUUUAUAUAAUUGACUUUUUAUUUCUAUUCUUUGUAUAUCGUAUUGUUGUUUUAUUGCUAUGGCCGAUGGCUGACGCAAAUAAAGUUCCAUUCAUUCAUUCAUUGACAUGGCUGUAAGGUGUAUUAUGUAACGUGUGUUAUAUAGCCAUGUUCAAAUAUAUAAAAGGAUGUCACAUAGAGGAGGGAGAAAGGUUGUUUUCUGCUGCUCCAGAGAAGCGGACACGGAGCAAUGGAUCCAAACUACAAGAAAGAAGAUUCCACCUAAACAUUAGGAAGAACUUCCUGACAGUAAGAGCUGUUCGACAGUGGAAUUUGCUGCCAAGGAGUGUGGUGGAGUCUCCUUCUUUGGAGGUCUUUAAGCAGAGGCUUGACAACCAUAUGUCAGGAGUGCUCUGAUGGUGUUUCCUGCUUGGCAGGGGGUUGGACUCGAUGGCCCUUGUGGUCUCUUCCAGCUCUAUGAUUCUAUGAUUCUAUGUGUUUACUUUCCAGCCUUGGCUUUCUCUAUCAACUAGGUGUCGCAGGAUUAAUGGGGUUUUUUGUGUUGUGUUUUUUUAAACAGGCUUCUAUGAGCUGAGCGAUGGGGCCUCGGGGUCGCUCUCCAACUCCUCCAACUCUGUUUUCAGCGAGUGUUUGUCCAGCUGCCACUCCAGCACCUGCUUCUGCAGCCCUUUGGACACAUCCCUGAGUGGCUCUGAUGGACGGCCCAUGUCUGCAGGUACGGGAAAGGGGGGGGAUUCCCUGGAGUGGCUUCGGGGACGGCUUGAGCACCGUGAACCUUUCCCCAUUCACCUCUGCAUUCUUUAAGUGAAUGCAGGAAGUGAGCCAUGUGGAACUGGAGGUUGCUUGUGGGACAAAACUUUUGGUUCCGUGCAUGGUGGCUGCUGGGUCAAUCAGGGUCACACCUGGACUUUGGGGAUCAAGCCUACUGAUACAGAAGACUUGUUUCUCCAAAUAAGAGCUAUACAGGUGUGCUUAAUAAUAAUAAUAAUAAUAAUAAUAAUAAUAAUAAUUUAUAGCCCGCCCAUCUGGCCAGGCCUCCCCAGCCACUCUGGGCGGCUCCCAACAGAAUACAGUGGUACCUUGGGUUACAAACACCUCGGGUUGCAAACACUUUGGGUUACAGACUCCGCUAACCCGGAAGUAGUACCUCGGGUUAAGAACUUUACCUCAGGAUGAGAACAGAAAUAGCGCAGCGGGAGGCCCCAUUAGCUAAAGUGGUUCCUCAGGUUAAGAACGGUUUCAGGUUAAGAACCGACCUCCGGAACGAAUAAAACAUCAAACAUUUAAAACUUCCCUAGACAGGGCUGCCUUCAGAUGUCUUCUAAAAGUCUAGUAGUUGUUGUUCUCUUUGACAUCUGGUGGGAGGGCGUUCCACAGGGCGGGCGCCACUACCAAGAAGGCCCUCUGCCUGGUUCCCUGUAACCUUACUUCUCACAGGGAGGGAACUGCCAGAAGGCCCUUGGAUCUGGACCUCAGUGUCCGAGCUGAACGAUGGGGGUGGAGACGCUCCUUCAGGUGUACUGGGCUGAGGCCAAGGAUCUCUUGUUGUUCAAAGUGAAAGGAUGAAGCGAAACCUUUCUGAAAGUUGACUCAGUUUCUAUCUUUUAAGGUUUGAGUUUUGGUGGGAACAUUCCUAUCUCCAGAAACAUUUAAAGAAAUUGCAGACAGGGGAGCCCUGCCAUGACCAGAAGAGCAAUAUUUAAAAUCUAGUAUUUGUUAAGGUGGUUGUUGUUUUGCGGGAGAAAUCCAUGUUUCUGUAGCAUUAUGGGAAAUCUGAAUUCUACAGGAAACUGUGUCCUUGAGCAUUUCUGGAUAUGGAUUUUGAACUUUGGUUUUUGGAAGGUUAAAAUUUCUCAGCCUAUUUACCAUCUACGGAUAUUGUUGUUUCCUUUGACAGUGGAGUAUUUCCUCACUUUCCCCCAUUUCUUCCUUUCAGAUCUCAUCGGCUGGCUGGAAUAUAACAAAGGGAACCAGCAUGAAGACCCGUCUGUGGGGAUGGCCUGCCGAGUGUUGUCCACACCGCACUCUAAUUCCCUUGAGGUGGUUGCAGACGUGCAUCCAAAAUACCAGUGUGACCUGGUGUCGAAAAACGGGAACGACGUUUACCGCUACCCCAGCCCUUUACACGCCGUCGCGGUGCAGAGCCCCAUGUUCCUUUUGCCGGUGACAGACAACCCCCCGAGGGAAGAGGCAGAGCACAACGUUGCGGACCUUUGCGUGGGACCCGAGCACGACUCUGCGAAAGCGGGCGCCUCCUGCCUCCCGCAUAGCUCUCCUCCCGAGUCCUGUCCCCCAGCCAGCAAGAAAAUAGACGGCUACAUCUUGAGCCUUGUGCAAAAAAAGACCCCUUUGGUGCGGACUAACAAACUGAGGACGAAUCUGAAUGCAGACCCUGCCAAAGGGAUUUUGAGGCACGGGAGCCUGUGUGUCCGGCAAGCGCCUGGGGUUGCAAGCGGCAGCUCGGCCGCUGCUCUCAAGAACCCAAAUCAGGUCUUCCCCCAUUCCAGCAGAGCCAGCACACCGCUUGACAGCAGCGCCUUCUCCCCUCUGAAGCAGCAUUCGAGAGAAACUGAGCAUCUGGAGAGCAAAAAGGUUCCUGCGCCCGUGGUCUUCCCACCAAAUGCUAACCACGAACUUCAAAGCCAGCAGGCGGCGAGGAACAUCAAACCGCCAGAGCCGCCGCGGUGUCCGGUCGCAAGCAAGGGCGACGUCCCCAAGGAAAGUGGCCAGAUUUUUGCGGAGAGCCCUCCCCAACACACAACGCCCCCGAAGGAAAGCAAAACCCUUCAGCUGCCCCGAAAGAUCCUGUUCAAAAACAGUGGGGCACAAGCGAUCCACGGUGUUUUGCCACCUCAGGAAACCAGGCCUCCGCUGGAUUUCAAGAGCGACGGGUCAUCCUCUCAGGGCCUGGAGGAAGGCCUGCUGGUGAACGCCAAAUACAUCCCGGCUCAGCCGCAGACGGUCAGGCUUCACAAGGGCAGCCGGAGCGUCAGGAUACUCAAAAGCUCCUUGGUAAAGCACAGAUCCCACCUCGUCACCGUGCUGGAAAACGGGCCGCAGGCCGGCAGGGAGAAGGCCAAACCCUCUGGCAAGAAGUGCCGUUUCCCCGACGACCUGGAUACAAAUAAGAAGCCGAAGAAGGCCGCCGCGAGAGGGAAGAAAAGCGGUCACUUGCUGCCGGAGGCCGCCCUCCUGAGUCGGCCUCCCGGCGUCCUCAAGUCGGCGGUUAGGCCCCACAGCCGGGAGCCGGUGGUGGCAAAACCGAAGCACAAGAGGGCCGACUAUCGCCGCUGGAAGCUGUCGGCCGAGGUCUCCUAUGAAGAAGCCCUGAGGAGGGCGAGGAGGAACCGGAGGGAAGGCCUUGGGGCCUACCCUCAGGCUCCCCACCCGUACGCCAGCCCCUACGCCUACGUCGCGAGCGACUCGGAGUAUUCGGCGGAGUGCGAGUCGCUCUUCCACUCGACGGUGGUGGACACCAGCGAGGACGAGAGGAGCAACUACACCACGAACUGCUUUGGGGACAGCGAGUCCAGCCUGAGCGAGGUGGAGUUUGUGGGCGAGAGCACAACGACCAGCGACUCGGAUGAGAGCGGGGGGCUCAUCUGGUCCCAGUUUGUGCAGACGCUCCCCAUCCAGGCGGUCGCCGCCGCUUCCGAGCUCCAUGAAAAUGCAGCCAAAGCCUUCGUCAAGAUUAAAGCCUCACACAACCUCAAGAAGAAGAUCCUCCGCUUUCGGUCCGGCUCUCUCAAACUGAUGACUACUGUCUGAAACGCAUAACUAGUAGCUGAAGAUGGCGGCAGUGGUGACUGACAUGCCUACUGGGGAAGAGUGUGUGUGUUAAGGCAGCCUUCCCGAAGUUGGUGACCUCCAAAUGUCUUUGACAUUUGUGGAGUUGGAAGGGACCCCUGAGGGUCAUCAAGUCCAACUCCACUGCAAUGCAGAAAUCUCAGCAUGCGGUCCCCCAUCCAAUUUCAAACCAUACUGGACCCUGCUUAGCUUUGCAAAUGUGCUAGCAGUUUUAUAUUGCUGCAGUUUGGAGGUCACGGGAGUUGCAGAGGUCGGGGUUCAGGGGAAACUGCAGUGGUUGGGAAUCAUGGGAAUUGCAGAGGUCGGGGAGCAUAGGGACUGCAGGGGUCAAGGCUCAUGGGAGUUGUAGUCCAAAACAUUUGGAGGUCACCAGAUAGGGGAGGCGUGGUGUAAGGGUAUGUCUGCAUUUGGGAGUUUUCGAUGUGUCUUGGGCACACUUAUUCAGGGCACAGAAGCAACACAAGCCAGCUUCAAGAGAAAAUGCACUUUUCGGGGGGGGGAGGGCUUCCCUUGCAAGAGGCGAGGCGCCCCAGCAGAGAAUUCAUCCGGUCACCUCAUGGCUUCACUGCUGGAAGGCACAGGACCCUUUGCUGAGAGCAGCAAAGCGCUCAGCCCGCCACCCUCCAGAGAGGCAGCCAUGUUGCAUUACGUUAUUGUUUGUGUAUACAUGCUGCCUACCAGCCAAAAGUGCUCCCAAGAACAAACAGAUGCAUACAAAGACAAUAACGCAAGCGCAACAUGGAGCAAAUGAGAAGGAUGCAAAUUCAAAAUGUUUCGGCAGUAUUAAAACCUGUGCACAUCGGUGUUUCUGGCAGGCAAAGAGCAUUCCCUACAAGGACAAGAAUACUUGAGCAGCCCCUUUGUCUCGCGAGGGUCCUGGGCAGCAGGGUUUUGCAAGCCAAGUGGGAAAGCUGGUGCCCCAUGAGGCUUGCAGUAGACUCUCCCCCCUGUGACCACGUGCCCAACAGUCAAGCUGACCUCUCCUUGGUCAUCUUACGCUCAAAGGUUGUCCACUUGCACUAAGAGCAGCCCAGAACUACUUGCAAGCGAGAGCAGCUCCUCUUGGCUUCUUUUUGAAAUGCUAAGCUGGGGCCAGUAGAUGUUCUUGUGGGCUUGAAUGCCUGUUGCCUGCCCGGAACACCAAACCAGGAUGCUGCUUGCCAAAUCCGCUUGUAGGUAGAUGCUUCAAGCUUCCAAGGCUGCCUCUCCAGUCUUUGAAAAACAUUGAAGGGAAGUUAGUAGCUUUUUAUUGAGAUACCGAGGGAGCAAGCAAUAUAUAUCCUGUGAAAUGCAAAGCGGGGUGCUCUGUGAUUAUUAUUAUUUUUAACGCUAAAUAGCCAGCCAUUGGGACAGGGGAGAAUCAGGAUUGGGACUGUGAUGGACAGGGAGACAAGCAGUUAACCCUCUUCUUCUGCGUUGCUGAAAAUCCCCCUUCCCGCUCCCUCUAAGAAGCUAUUGUUUGGCAUGAGGAAAAAAGGGGUGGUUCAGAAAGUUAAUUUGAGUGGGAUCAUGGCACUGGGGGAAAAGGUUUUUUGUUUUGUUUUUAACCUUUUCCUUGUGGUCCUGAUCCUGAUUAGUACCUCCCCUGCAGGAGCUGUUUAUUUAAAUAAUAGUAAUAACAGUAACAAUGGCCAUGGCAAAUUAUGCAUUUAACAUAACAUGGAACUUGGGCUAUGGCAAUCAGCCUUGUUACAGUGCUGCCCCUUCCGGUACAUCUCAAGGCCAAGGCCCUUCCUGAGACAGACUGCCCUGAGACCUUCAGAUGAAGGGCAGCAAACAGAUAUAAUAAACAAACAAAGUAAAUAACAGCUUUGCAAAGAGGGCAGGUGCCUAGCUCACAAAACAUUUACUCUCCCGCCAGACUACACACACCUGUGUUUAGUCAUGUUACAAGCCUUGCAGGAGGGAGUACUGUGGUCAGAGCAAGGUCUCUUCCACUUUACAAAAGCUUUCUUGCUUGGUCACCUGAUGGUGAUGGUGACUCGCCCUAGGCGACCGGGCAAGUGGCUAUUUGCAAGCCUGCUAAGAGCAGAAAAAUGAGCAAAGCCUUUCUCUAUGCAGAAACUUUACCCACCCUGGUUUCUGGUGCUGCUUCCCUCCUUCCCGGACGUGUGCUAAUAUGCCAAAAUGACGGUCUCAUGCAGACGUGCCGAGCAUGUAUGCGCUCCUCUCGCUACUUACACGAAACAAGGUGCUUCUUGUAAAUAUUUUCCCAGAAUGCUGUUGUUUUGAGUUCCUUAAAUGCACAUAUUUAAAUCUUGACGGACUGCUUAAAUGAUGUUACUUGAACCUCCCAACUUUUUUGUUGGAUACUAGUGCCUUUUAAGUGGCAAAACCCACUGUGCUAGUUUUUAACAAAGGAACAGUACCACCACUUUUUCAGCUGUGAUGGCUUCAAGUGCAUAGUGGAGUGGGAAAAACGUCUGCAGCGAGCGUUGAUUUCUCUCCUAGUCGGGGAUGGGUCGAAGGACAUCUGGACCCUAUGCUGAACCUUACUUUGGCUUCUAAACAUCCUUGUUUCAUACAGAAAAGUUGCUCCUCUACCUCUUCUUACAGAGACAGAAACACACCAUUGACAUGCAUGCAACACACACAAUGUAAAAAAGACUGGUGGCUUUUUUUGAGCAGGGGCAACGUGACUUCCCUCUCCUGCGGUCUUCCUUUUCCUCCCUUUUCCUCCCUUUUUUCCAAACAGAAUCCCUAGAGUUGUCUGGAUGUGGUUUUUAAUCUUUUAAAAUAAAACUAGAAUUCAUUUUUAGGAUCUCGUAGGAGGCUGCCUUAUCCCAGAUCAUUUGUCAAUCUAGCAUUGUCUAGGUCGGUCAUGCCACCACCUGCCAUCCAUCUACCUGGAGAUCCCAGGGAUUGAACCUGUGGCCUUCAGGUGUUCUGCCGUUGAGCUGUGGAAAUAUGAAUUUGCCUUAGGGGGACUGGUCCAGCUAACCCAGUGUCUGUCUAGCGGGAGUUCUUCAGAAUCCAAAGGUGGACCUCUUUCUGAACAUGGCUAAAUGAUGUCCUUGAGAUGCUGGGGGCUGAAUCAAAGAUCCUUCUGCACAUGUUCUACCUCUGAGCUGUUGGUCUCUUCCGAUCCCUUCCCAGUUGCAGCAUCAGUCCUGCCCAUGUUAAGCACUCUUACUUGAUAGCAGAGACUGAGGGGCACAUAGCCUUGUAUUUUUGUUUUAAAAUCCCUGCGAGCCACAGAUAUUAAAUAGGUGGUCCACCCCAGUUUUCCAUCCCUGGUUCAGAAAACCUCAUUGGCUGUGGUUGGACACAGCGCCCAAUGUUUCCUGUAGCAGAAUCUGCUGGAUGACCUGGAAUCUCAAGAGCAUGCCCUCUAAAUGCCUAUUAUUAUUUGCCUUGUUUUAAGAACAAACUCUAGUGUUCGCAGCUGAGAACCAAGACCUGGAAGUUGUGUUCCAAACACCAAAUGAGGCACUGAAACAAAAUAUUGCGCAGAUCUUGAAAUUCAGUAAAGGGUCUGGAUUCUGAAAUCUAGUGUUUCCAAUUGCAAACCGAUUUUCACGUGUUUUGAACUUCAACACUAUGGGGAUACUUAAAAAACAAAAUAAUAUACGUGCAACUUAGAUUCUGUAAUGUUCAGUAUCAACGUGCAAGAUUUUAAUACGUGAAGAUAUUAUUUGUAUUCCAAAACCACCUAAACAGAUAAUUUGGAAUGUCAAAAUCUCCAAGUGGGUUAAUUGUUAAGGAUAAGUAGGGGGUUUUUUUUUGGGGGGGGGUUUAAAUAAAAAAUGACAUAAAAAUAAGAAUUGCCAGAUUGGAGGAGAUGCUUUAGAGAACAGGUGGGCAGGGAUCAGGCUACUGACAUCUACCUUGUUUUUUACUAGAACCCCAAGCAGAGAUAAGUAGUGGCAGGAGACAGGCAUGCAGAUAAAUAAGAUGUACUUGCAGGCCUUUUGCACAAAACAACCACCCUGGUCUCCUCUUCCCCUAAACGUUUGUAGUUUCAGCCAAUAGGUUGGGAAGAAGCCUUUUAGAUGCAGUUGUUCAGCGUGAUCCAUGUGCAUUGCCUAGUUGUAACAACUCAAGAGAGAGUUGGGACUAGCUGAGUGGCAGAACAUCUGCCUUCCAUGCUGAAGGUCCCAGGUCCAGCCCUUGGCAUCGCCAGGUAAGGCGAGAGAGCCAGGUAAGGCGAGAGAGCCAUUUCUGAAACCCUGGAGAGCCACUGCCAGUCUGAGUAGACAAUAUAGAGCUAGAUGAGCCUAUGUUGUGUCUUGUUUUAAGGCAGCUCCCCGUGCCCUUACCCAGUUGCGAAGUUCAGUGGUCUUGCUGAACUGCCAGCCAAAACUAGCAUGGAGACGUUGGGAAUCAUAGUUGGAGGAGACCAUGUGGGUUUCCUCUGGUCUACAAGGACUUGUCAGUAGCUCUGUGGGGAACACAAGUACAGUAUGUUCCCAACCCUACCUGGAGAUGACAGGGAUUGAAGCAGGGAUCUUACUGUGCACAAAGCAUGGACUUGUACCACCAAGCGACAGUCCCUUCUCCUUGGCCUGAACCAAGUCUUGGAAGGCUGUGAAAGUUGAUAGCCCCCAAAGACCGCUUCCAUAGGCCGUUCUUACCCCUGAUGUGCUAUGAGAAGUAAGCUCUCCUAGACAGCCUUGCGGAAGUCUAUGCGGAAGUGGUGGGUGGAGCCAGAGGGGAAGUGGGUGGAGCAACAGAGAGUUGGUUCUUACCUUUUGUAAGGUGGCUUACAUUCAGUCAAGAGGUUGGUUUUCACUGUGGUGCCCACCUGACUUCCCUCCUGUGGGGCUGCUGCCACUUGCCAGGAGAGGCAGCAGGGAGCUUGGUGCUGGGGGGGGGGGCAGGGACAGCAGGUAGGGCAGAAAGUGGGGAGCCCAGCAGACGGCAGAUCUAUAAUGUGUGAUAGGCUGAGACUGCUAAUUCUAUCUUUGUCCUCCCUGCUGAGUUUUGCAAGGGCAGAGUAAGGAGGAGGAAGCAGACAAUUUAGCUGAGAUUCCUGCAUUGCAGGGGGUUGGACUAGAUGACCCGUAGGGUCCCUUCCAACUCAACAAGUCUGUGAUUCUGUGAAGUGGGCAGGCUGAGGUGAGUGGGGCUGAGUUCCAGGGGCCAGACAGAAAAACCUGAAGGGCCACAUUGGCUGAACACCUUCCACCCUUUCUGCUCACCGGGUCUGGCUAACUUUAGGGAAUAAACAAAAAUCCCCUGCUGUUGAAAUAGCAGCCUUUGCUCUUGUGUCAUGUGGAAAUGAACAACCUUGGCAAUAUUAUGUGGCGGUGCUUCAGAUAAGGGCAUUAGGCGGCUGUGAAACACAGAGAUUUGCAAUCUCUGAGGAACACUGAAUGGACGCUGAGGAGGAACGAGUUCAGUGUGUGUCCUAACAAAAAGACCUGGUGUUUACAGUCCAGUCCGAACUUCGGUUUGAGUAGAGAUUAUGAGCUUUGUGUUCUGUCACAUGGUGCUUCAUCCAGCCUUGCACUUCUCUGGUUAAUAUGUUCCUGGGCUUUGUAUGGGACUAUCCCGUAGCAUAAAAUGUGGUGCAGUUAGGGUGUAGCCGUUUCUUUCCAUUGCCACGUUUGCGGCUCAGAUUAUGCUGUGCAGGCUCUGUCUACUUCACGUCUUAAGAACGUGUAAAGAGCUGUGUGCAUGUUCAGACCAACGCGCCAUCUUCUAGUCAAGCAUCCUGUUUCUCAGUGACGAACCAGAGGCCUCUUUUGGAAAGCCAAUGAGAAGGACAUGAGCUCAAAGCUCUUGCGUUUCUUCCCCUGAGUUGUGACAUUCAGUGAUGUGGUGUCUCUGGUUCUUGAGGUAGUAUUCUGGCACCCUGACUAGUUAACCAUCAAUAGCCUUACCCUCCAUGAAUUUGUCUAAUCCCCUUUGAAAGCGGCCACAAGUUGGCUGUUGCCACAUUUGGUUGCAAAUUCCAUUAUUUAUUCUGUGCUGCGUGAAGAAGUCUUCUAUCCUGGACUCUGGUUAGGCACUGUCAACUUACAAAGCAGUCUCAUACCUCUUUAGAUAGUCACCUAAGCACCUUGGGAACUGUAGUUGGUUAAGGAUGGCCAAGAAUUGCUAGAGGGCCCCUGUGCUCUUUGAAGAACCACAGUUCCCAGAUGCUCCCACUAACCAUCCCUUUUUUUAGAAUAGUGCUUUUGAUCAUCAUGGUUUGUGCUCAUGAUGAUGUCAGGACAGUCAGAUGUGAUCCUGCAGAUGCACUGGGAAGUUCCCUUGAAAGAGGGAUUGGAUGUUGAAUUGCUCUAGAAAUUGUAGCUCUGUGAGGGGAACGGGGGUCUCCUAGCAACUCUCAACAAGCCUCAGUUCCUAUGAUUCUUUGGGGGAAGCCAUGACUGUUUAAAGUGGUAUGAUAGUGCUUUAAAUGCAUAGUGCAGAUGGGGAUAAAUUGGCUUUCUUGGAUGACCUUGGGUUCUGUAAAGGGAGAAAAACUUUAUUUCUACUUCAUGCCAUCUAUGAUUUUAUAAUCCUCUUAACGUGCCCACCCCCUUCCUGGCCUUAUUUUUCCUAAACUAACUCCCUUCUCUCCCUCUCUCUCUCUCUCUCUCUCUCUCUCUCUCUCUCACACACACACACACACAGUGCAACUUUUCGCUGCAUCUCCUUGAACAUUUCUGAACCUUCCAGUUCCGCAAUAUCCUUUUUGAGAUGCGGCAGCCAGAACUAUACCCAGUAUUCAGUAUUCUUGAUUUCCCACCCUGUGAACUCUGGGGAAAACCAAGAAAGGUUUGGUUGUGUUUUUUUAAAAAAAAAAUUAGUAUAUUGUAUAAUAUUCACUUUCUUAAAACACACACAAAUAUGCAUGUUGUGAGCAUGAGCGUCUGUCAUGUUGAUACUUCAGUCAUUGUCCAAUAAGCAGCUGUGUUUUACAGCUAUAUAAAAAUCAUAUCGCUAUGUAAAUUAAUAUAAUGCAUCAAUAUGCUGUAAUAAACAGUUGUCUUUU